AUGGGAUUCAAGGUUAAAGAAACAUCAUUGAAUACUAAUUCAGAGACAAAUCUUGAGGAAAAUAUCACAUCUGUCACUGAGUUUAACGUUAAUCAAAAUGAAAAACAUGAUCAACAGCUUCCAUCUGUUGUCCAACCCUCCAAAGAGGUUGACGUAUCAUUAAAAAGUUCCGAACCCAACGUAGAAAUCGUCGAGUCAACUGAGAGAGAGAAUUCAACAACAAAUCAAAAUGAUUCUACGAUCACUAAUAAAGAAGAACACAUUAAUGAUAAAUCUACUCAGGAUCAUAUAUAUGACUCUGAUAAACAUUCAAAAGUGAGUGAUUCCAUGACUGAUCAACUUCCAGUAAUGAUAGAUAAAUCAGAUGAUAUAAAUUCCGAUGCAUCAUCAUGUCAACUUCGCUCUGAAACAGAUACACUUCCGAAUAUUGACUCCUCAACCGAUUUAAACUCGAUUGCUUCAGCUGCUUCCAAUAUUAUUACACGUGGCCUAAGUAGUGGAAUAAGUUCACUUGUCAGUGUACUUGGUGAUGUGAUACAAACAAAUCCCUUAGAUGAUAAACUACUACAACAACGAGUUGAACGACAAUCUGAAGAGGAAAAAGAAAGGAAACUAAUAUCCGAUGCAUGGAACAGUGUAUGGAAUACAUCGUGGACUAAUGAUGAUGAUGAUGAUGAUGAUGAUGACGAUCAGAAUGAUCAGAAUGGUGGUUGGGAAGUGGACUUUAUAGAGGAAUCAACAGCUAUACCAGACAAACUACAGUCAAACAACAUGAAUUCUUCGCCGAUGCUGACAAAUCCUAACAAUCUUAAAUCAACUUACAAUUCAUGUGGUGAAAAGAUUUCGUCAAGCACAGAAAACUGUGAUGUAGAAUCAAAGACAAGUAGUAAUAAUUUUUCAUGGGAUUGGAAUAGUUUAUCUUCAAUUAGUCAAAAAUUGACUUCAUCAUUACAGGCAACCAGUUUAAAUUUAGUACAAGGCGGUGUUGAUGUACUAGAAUUGAUUGGACGUAAAACAAUGUCUGUAUUAGCUGAAAAUGAUCCUGGUUUCAAUUAUACAAAAAAAUUUCUACGUCCACCAAACACUAUCAAUAAUCGACCAAAUCUUUCUAAGGUAUUACGUGAAGCAUAUGAAUUGCAUACAUCAGUUGAAUCCAAUAAUCAUCAGUCGAUGAAACAAAAACGUGGUGAUUUCACUUACCAAUUGGAAUGUUCUCGUGCAUUGCUUCACUUAGAAUCAUUGGAAUUAGUUAGUGAACAAGCUAGUAAUCAAUUACAUGCUCGUUUAAACUCUUUACCGAUCGAUACUACUACUACUACUGAUAAUAAUGAUAAACUACUUGAAACAAUAUGGAAUAAUUUAAAUUUGGAUGAAAUUGAAAAUUAUGACAAUGAUAAUAGUAAUAAUAAUAACAAUGUUGGUGAUACUCCUACUACCACUUGUUCAAUGUACAAUUCAAUCAUGAACAAAUUCAAAACUCAACACCUGAAUGAUAAUAAUCUUGUGAAACAUAAUGAUCAGUCUAAUCAACAAUUACCGGAGAAUUUAAAACCUGAAACUGUUCAAUUAUGGUACAAAAUCAUUGAAAUAUUCGAUUGUUUGAAUGUAAUUUAUUCAAAUGAACGCUUUUUAAAAGCUACAACUGAUGUCUGGAAAACAUGUGACUUUGAUCAAUCAGAACCAUUAUCGAUUGAGGAAAUUUACUUUCAAUCAAUUUCUUCAUUGGCUCAAUUCACUUCAGCUUAUUUAGAAUAUUUACAUAAAUUCUCUGAAUGUAUCUUAGUUCGUCAACAUAAAACCAAUAUAGAUUUUAUAGAAUUAUCACAAAUUUUAGCUUACUUCUUUCAAUUAUCUGUUGAAGCUCAAGUUUGUCUUUGUCAAGAAUUUAUUAAAACUAUAAAAAGUUUACCUAAAGAAAAGUCAACAACUAUGCCAGAACAACACCAACAAGGGGAAGAAGAAGAACAGUCAACUUCUAUGGAUGAUUAUUCAACCAUGGUCACUACAACACAAUUAUCAAAAAGUCAAUAUAUUUCCAAUUUAUUACUAGAAUGUAGUCAUGCUCAGAAUUAUUUGAAAAAUGCAUCAAAUCUUUUAAUAUCUAUCAUACAAUUAGCUUGUUUAAAUUAUAAAUACCCAACUGUAUCAUGAUUGAUACUACACAAAACCAAUUGAACAAAGAAUAAACUGUUUCUUAUUUUUAAUCUCUCUCUCGCGUGCGCUUUUUACUGCAUGCCACACUGGAAUUGUUGAUAAAAAAACCAACCAGUCUUUCAUGAUAAAUAAACAAGGGAAUACGUGUGUGUGUGAGUUUGUGUUUAUAUGUAUUUUGAACAAAUUCACCACCCCCCCCCCCGCCACCUUUUUGAUCCCACUACUUCUUUGUAUUUGUGUUAAUUGCCUUAUAUUUCUUUCUAUCCUUGCAAUAUAAUUCAUAAUUUUUGAAAGAAAAUUUUACAAUUUUGAUAUCAGGAGAAAUGAUUUUAGUUCAAUAAUAAUAAACAGAUCAGUAAG